AGCGAGCGUAGGGAGCGCGCUCGCAUAAACUUUGUGCCUGCGAGAGCGCCUGGGUCGGCUCGCCGGGCUCCCAGAGUGGCCGGCUCCGGGCUGCUAGGGCCGGCGGCUGCCGAAGGAUGCGCCGCGCCCGACCGAGCCGAUCCCACCGCUCCAGGUGAGACGGCUCCAGGGGCGCAAAGAGCCGCGGCCAUGGGAACCCUGGGCAAGGCGAGAGAGGCUCCGCGGUGAGUAGCUGCGGCUCCUCGGAGAGCGCUGCACCUCUACUGGGGAGCGAUAGCUGAGCGAUGUCCCCUGCGGUCCUCUUCAGUGGGAAACCUUGCCAUGCCUCCAGAGCUGGCCCCAAAGCAAGACUAGAGGCCAAAUCAACCAACAGUCCUCUCCCUGCCCAGCCUAGCUUGGCCCAGAUAACCCACUUCCGAAUGAUGGUGUCCCUGGGACAUUUGGCCAAAGGAGCCAGCUUGGAUGAUCUUAUUGACAGCUGCAUUCAAUCUUUUGAUGCAGAUGGAAACCUAUGUCGAAAUAGCCAACUGUUACAAGUCAUGCUAACCAUGCACCGGAUCAUCAUCUCCUCUGCUGAGCUGCUACAAAAACUCAUGAAUCUAUAUAAGGAUGCCUUGGAAAAGAAUUCUCCGGGAAUUUGCCUGAAGAUCUGCUAUUUCGUCAGGUAUUGGAUAACAGAAUUCUGGAUCAUGUUCAAAAUGGAUGCCAGCUUGACCAGCACCAUGGAAGAGUUUCAAGACCUGGUGAAAGCCAAUGGUGAGGAGUCCCACAGCCACCUCAUCGACACGACACAAAUUAAUGCUCGAGACUGGUCCAGGAAACUGACUCAGAGGAUAAAAUCAAAUACCAGCAAGAAGAGGAAAGUGUCCCUGUUGUUUGACCAUCUGGAACCUGAAGAACUGUCUGAACACCUCACCUACCUUGAGUUCAAGUCCUUCCGAAGGAUAUCUUUCUCCGAUUAUCAAAAUUACCUUGUAAAUAGCUGCGUAAAGGAGAACCCCACCAUGGAGCGGUCCAUUGCCCUGUGCAACGGCAUCUCCCAGUGGGUACAGCUGAUGGUUCUCAGCCGUCCCACCCCGCAGCUUCGGGCAGAGGUCUUCAUCAAAUUCAUCCAUGUAGCUCAGAAGCUUCACCAGCUACAGAACUUCAACACGCUGAUGGCUGUGAUCGGGGGACUGUGUCACAGCUCCAUCUCCAGGCUCAAGGAGACAAGUUCACAUGUCCCACAUGAGAUCAAUAAGGUUCUGGGUGAGAUGACUGAACUGCUGUCCUCCUGCAGAAACUAUGACAACUACAGGCGAGCCUAUGGGGAGUGCACCCACUUCAAAAUCCCCAUACUGGGUGUGCACCUCAAGGACCUCAUAUCCCUGUAUGAAGCCAUGCCCGACUAUCUGGAAGAUGGGAAGGUGAACGUUCAAAAGCUCCUGGCCCUUUACAAUCAUAUCAAUGAAUUGGUCCAGCUGCAGGAGGUAGCCCCACCGUUGGAUGCCAACAAGGACUUGGUGCACCUGCUGACGUUAUCCCUGGAUCUAUACUACACAGAAGACGAAAUCUAUGAGCUUUCCUAUGCCCGUGAACCAAGGAACCACAGAGCUCCGCCACUGACACCUUCGAAGCCACCGGUGGUAGUGGACUGGGCCUCUGGAGUGUCUCCCAAACCUGACCCGAAGACCAUCAGCAAACACGUCCAAAGGAUGGUGGAUUCUGUCUUUAAGAACUAUGAUCUCGACCAGGAUGGGUAUAUCUCUCAGGAGGAGUUUGAGAAGAUCGCUGCAAGCUUUCCGUUUUCCUUCUGUGUGAUGGACAAAGAUAGGGAAGGCCUCAUCAGCAGAGACGAGAUCACAGCCUACUUCAUGAGGGCCAGCUCCAUCUAUUCCAAGCUGGGCCUAGGCUUUCCCCACAACUUUCAAGAGACUACUUACCUGAAGCCCACCUUCUGUGACAACUGUGCUGGCUUUCUCUGGGGCGUGAUCAAGCAAGGCUAUCGUUGUAAAGACUGCGGAAUGAACUGCCACAAACAGUGCAAAGACCUGGUGGUGUUCGAGUGCAAGAAACGAACCAAGAGCCCGGCGCUAUCCACAGAGAACAUCAGCUCUGUAGUACCAAUGUCCAGCCUUUGUCCACUGGGAACCAAAGAUUUGCUCCAUGCACCCGAAGAAGGAUCUUUCAUUUUCCAAAACGGAGAGGUUGUGGACCACAGUGAGGAGAGCAAGGAUCGGACCAUCAUGCUCCUGGGAGUGUCCUCACAGAAAAUCUCAGUUCGGCUGAAGAGGACUGUUGCCCACAAGACCACCCAGACAGAAUCGUUCCCUUGGGUUGGAGGCGAGAUUCCCCCUGGUCACUUUGUGCUGUCUUCUCCAAGGAAGUCCGCGCAGGGCGCUCUUUAUGUGCACAGUCCAGCAUCUCCAUGCCCCAGCCCAGCGCUGGUCCGAAAGCGGGCAUUCGUCAAGUGGGAGAACAAAGAGUCCCUUAUAAAACCAAAACCAGAGCUUCACCUCAGGCUCCGGACCUACCAAGAACUGGAACAGGAAAUAAAUACCCUGAAAGCAGAUAACGAUGCUCUGAAGAUCCAACUGAAGUAUGCACAGAAGAAAAUAGAAUCCCUGCAGCUUGGGAAAAGCAAUCAUGUCUUAGCACAGAUGGACCAUGGUGAUUGUGCUUAAUCCAGAAAUUCAAGGAACAGAGCGUGCAAAAGGGCAUACUGGGGAUCUCACUUCAAAUCUGAUUGCAGAGGUCCAGCAACUUUAGAUUGACUGACUUUGAAAGGGUAGAGCUGGACACUGUUGUCGGCAUCCUUGGUUUUUACCUAAACUGUCUUUAAUGUGAGUCAUUGGUUUUCAGUCAGUUGAGUCAAAGGGAAGAAAAGCUCAAGUAUGUAAAGCAUUGAGCAUUCAUAUUCUAACCUUCUUUCUGUACUGAAACUAAUACCAAACGUGUGCUAAAAUAAGACUAUAGUUUCCUGAUAGUGUCUCGGGCAGCCUGCUUUACUGAUUCGUACUUAAAUAGAGUCCCUGGUGAAUCAAGUUGCUGCCUUCCCCGGGGUUUCUGCAAACUGAGUUACUUUGUUCUACCCCAAACCUGCUCAUAAUGGAAACAAUACCCUAAAAGUGAUGACUUUGACAUGCCUGCAUUGUUUGUGAAACUGAUCCCUAUUGUAUUCACUACCUCAGACCUCAUCAAGAGCCUCUUUCCCCACUGUCCUUCACUCACCUUCUCCUUCCUCCCUUGCUUAUAGGCACAUCAGAACAUCUACCUAGAAGUGAACUCCUAGCAGUGUAGCCUGGUUUUAAAUCCAGAGCUUCUUAAUUGAACUUGACAUUGUCUAAUUGCAGGCCAACUUAUAGCUCUAGGUCUUAGUCAUUAUGAAAUACAAAAUAAAACUCACUCACUACCCACAAGCAGCAAUUACCAUGUCAUACGCACAGCUAAUUAGCUAAGUCAAACCACAAUAACAUGUUUAUCCAGAUAGUCUUUCAAUAGUGGGUAGAAUUAAGAAUCUGUGACUUUUUAAGAGAAAUGGUCUGUGAACAGUAUUUAAUUCUUCGUGUUCUAUUCUCUCUCAAGUAAACUAUCACAAGGUUCUCUUUUGAACUGGUUUUGUGCUUAAGUUGUCUUCACUUUUACUAUCUACAAAUAAGCUAAUGGGUGUGAUGGCUGUAACAGCUGGCAGCAUUUACAUGUGUGUAGAAUGUGAAUAUAUAUAGUAUCAGACAUGCAUGGAACUUGGACUUUCUCCUUUAGAAAAUGCAGACGUGAAUCAAAUGCCUUUUAGUCAUUUACACAAAUUCGCAAGUAUAGUUCUGCUCAGUAUAAGGCAAACUGCUAACAAUGUAAAUUGUUCUUCUCUGCAAAACUGUAACAGUGUCCAAGUAUUCUUUCGUGAAGGUUAAAAUCAGUGGGUUUGUCUUGUUGCCUGCAAAGCAAUUCACAAACUUUCUUGUGAGCUUCCUUUUAACUUUCAAAAACAUCUCAACAGAUUGUGUCCUUUUGGGGAGACUUAGCUUCCAUGGUUGGAAGGUCUGGCACCACACUAAUUUGUAAUUUAAUAUGCAGGACCAGCAAUUUGAGAAUACCAAAACUAAAUAAAUAAAUACUAAAUAAAAACUAAAUAAAUAAAAACUAAUAAAUUCUAAAACCAACUGGGCAAUGGGAGAACAUGCCUUUAAUCCCAGCACUUGGUGGGCAGAGGCAGGCUGAUCUCUGUGAGUUUGAGGCCAGCCUGGUCUAUAGAGUGAGUUCCAGGACAGUCAGGGAUACACAGAGAAACCCUGUCUGGAAAAAUCAAAGGAAAAAGUCUUUAAAAGUUUCAACCCUACAACCAAGAGCACCAAGUCUACAGAGGAAUAUGAACUGUACAUGAUGCAGCCCCCUAAAGGACGCAAACCAUUUAAGACGUUCCUUUGAUUAAAGACCACUGCCUAUUUGCAUACCUCUUUGGAGAAUUUCAGUGAAUUCUCCAAAGAGCUGGAUCAUGGUGAAUGUCUCUCUAAACUUUAAUGAACUGCUUUACACACAGAUUUAUCCUUAUUCUACAUCCAAACUCAGAAAUUUGCAAAGCAUGUAUACCAUCUGGUACACACACCUCUGUGUGGUGUAUAUAUUAUAUGGAAAAUUUUAUGGAAUGAUAUGACUAGUGGCAGACCUCGAAAUUGGUAUUUUCAUUAUGUUUUCCUCUGUUAUGCACUAGUACAACUGUAGAGCUUAAUUUUCUAGACACUGUCUUUUUCUUAUUUCUCAUCCCCAGUAAAGAUCUCCCAGUGAGAUUUUGUGUAAAUAAUCUGUAACAUAGGAAUUCAGAGGGCCUCAGUCAUUUGUCACAGCUAGAUGACCUUACAGACAGCAGAAGGGACAGGAAAGACAAUGGGAGACAAUAGUUUUCCUCACAAAUUCUUACAUUCCAGCCAGGACAAAGGAUGUUUGGAGUCUGAGUUGGUACUGUUCCUGCAGAAUGGUAGGAGCAGGUGGGAUCUAUUGAUACAAUCUGGAACAAAGUUUGGCUUGUCACACAAGGUUUUGUUUACCAGGCUGACUUGAAAUGUUUGGCAGAUGGGUGUCUGCCAACGCAAGGACUGAUCCUGAGAGCGGCAAAGUGUCUGCUCAUCUUCUCUGUGGAGUGACUCACCCCUUUACUGACCGCUUGUGAAAUUGUCUAAAAAUGUAUACUGUAAAAGCUUCGAAAGAAAUGUACAAACUGUAAGAUUUUUUAUACCUAUUGUAUGUUUUCUGUGUCUCAUAUUUAUAUCAUAAAAGACGUUGGAUCCCUAUAA